AUGGUAAGAAAUCAGGCGGUUGGUCAGUUGACGUCAACGGCCAGCAUGGCCAACAACCUUCGCCAAUGUCAGAUUCUUGUCAAGAAAGCAGUCCAAGCUGGUGCAAAGGCCCUCUUCCUCCCCGAGGCAACAGACUACAUCUCCUCCUCCGCCGAAGAGAGUCUAAGCCUGGUCAAGCCCGUGCAAGACAGUGAGUUCGUCCUAGGUCUCCAAGAGGAAGCCCGCCGAUUCAAGCUGCCGAUCCACGUCGGCGUCCACGAACCCAGCAGCCAGACCUCUUCGCAGCGCAUCAAGAACACAGUCCUCUGGAUCAACGAGCAAGGCGAAAUUGCCCACCGGUACCAGAAGAUCCACCUCUUUGACGUGGACAUCCAGGGCGGUCCUGUCCUCAAGGAGAGCCAGAGCGUAGAGCCCGGGAUGAAGAUUGAGCCGCCGUUCGAGACGGCCUUUGGCAAGGUGGCGUCGACUAUCUGUUUUGAUCUACGUUUCCCGGAAAUUGGUAUCUCUCUCCGAAGGCAGGGAGCCGAGAUCAUUACCUACCCUUCAGCAUUCACUGUUCCCACUGGGCAGGCGCACUGGGAGGUUCUGUUGAGGGCUCGGGCGAUUGAGACGCAGUCGUAUGUCAUUGCUGCGGCACAAGUUGGUAGACAUAACGAGAAGCGAGUCAGCUAUGGCCAUAGCAUGAUCAUUGAUCCUUGGGGGAGGAUUGUUGCCAGUGUGGGAGAAAAGGCGGAUGAGCCUGAGAUUGCGACGGCUACCAUUGAUCUUGAACUGGUGAAGAAGGUUAGGGCGGAGGUACCGUUGAGGAGAAGGACGUAA